AUGGAUUCAAAAGAUUUUCAAAAGGAUUUACUACCCGCCAGCGAUAAUAAAAGUGAAUGGUUUCUGGUGCAAUACGAUCAGGAUGCUCAAAAAUUAACGAGAAAAAUAGUCAACUCCGAUGAUUUAAUGUGGAAUGAAGAAUUGCUUAAAGUCGAAUCGGACGACAGUGGAAAGAAGAAAGAACAUGUGCUGAUACGAGAUCAGAAUAAAUUGCAUUUGGGCCAUAUCAUUUAUAGGGCAAAAACACUGGAGGAGUGUAUCGAUCAUCACACAUAUUUGCAAAUAAUAUGUAUGCAACUGCUACAUACACCACACGAAGUUAACGAUAUUAUGGAUCGUUUACAUUUCAACAAUAACUUCUGGCUCCUCGUGAUGUACAGUCGUAGCCCGAAGAAGGAGGAACAAGUUGUCUAUGCCGUUUUCCAUAGAAAUGAUGUCAUUAUGAAAGUGGACUCUCAUACAAAUGCCCUUAUGGCAUUUGUCCAAGAAGGACCGGCUACGUUCAAAGGCAUGGUUGUAAAGAUCUCCAAUGAUUUGAGCGAUAUGAUGUUUGUCAUCGAUAUCAUACGUAAUGAAUUAUUGAAAUCGUGUGAGGAGAAUGCCACCACAAACCCGUAUUACAAACGUCAGGAGUUUAAAGAAAAAAUUGCCAUAUUAGAUUUUCGAAUGCACUGCGAGAGUCAAUUGUUGAUCAAGGCCAUACAGGCGGUGGAUAGAAGUAAGACACGGAUGGAAUACCGUUACAUGUAUUUGCAACAUCUUUACAAUAUGAGUCAACAGCAGCAGCAGCAACAACAACAGCAAUAA